AUGCCACGAGGUGAUGACUCGUGGAAUCCAUUUCCUCGUCAUCCAUUUACUCCUGAUUUCAAACAGAACCAACGGGUGGUGCACACCCAGGUCUUCAAAGAGAUUGAAGUUGGGGAAGGACCCAACAAACAAAAACAGCUCUGGGUCACAGAAAUUGACGCAGACGGCAUCGAAAGACUCCGCCGACCGGAAUUUUUCUUCCAUGGAAUUGUGGGUCAUGUGAAGGAGAAGUGGGGAUAUCACAUCAAUGGAUGGCGUGACAAUGUUGAAACUCCUGCAGAAGAUAUCCAUGACGAUGGGGAUGAUACCUCCCAAAUUGAAUUUCCAGCUGAAGUUCCAAAUCCUCACCUGUCGGUGCCCAUGCAAAUUAGCCAACUUGCCCACAUCAUGUACAACAUAUUGUUGGCGGAUCCUGAGUUCAAUGCCCCGAUCCUUGAAAUGCUACAGAUUCCGCCUGCUGAUCCGUCAGAGAGCAACAUUCGCCUUUUCACAUCAGCGGAAUUGGCUCAGCUUGGUAGCCAUCUGGCCGUCACGGCCAAUACCCUGGCCAGACGAGCCAACCCAGAGGAUUGCCCUGCGGAUUACUCGGAUGAUGACGACCAAACCAUUCCGCGACUAGGCGCGAUUCUUUGUAACUAA